AUGGCAGCCCUUAAUCCUGCAUGUAAAAACGUUGAAAUUUCGGUUCAUGAGGAUAACUUAGUGCCCCAUGGACAACCCCAAGAUCCUAAAGCUCAGCAUUUCCACUCCUCUAACAGGGGACAAUGGCUUCGGGCUGCUAUAUUGGGGGCUAACAACGGGUUGGUCUCGGUUGCUUCACUGAUGAUGGGUGUUGGAGCUCUCAAGAGAGAUGUCAUGGCCAUGGCUCUUGCUGGGUUUGCAGGGUUAGUUGCCGGGUCUUGUAGUGUGGCAAUAGGAGAGUUUGUCUCUAUAUACACCCAGUUAGAUAUAGAGGCAACUCAAAUGAGAAGAAACAGCAGAGAAGAUAGUAAGAAUUUGGAGCUGCCAAAUCCUUUUCAGGUUGCUAUAACAUCUGCCUUGACCUUUGUGGUGGGGGCAAUGGUUCCAGUAGUGGCGGCUGCAAUCACAAGGGAUCAUAAGGUGAGGCUUGGGGUGGUGGUUGCUGUGUCGAGCUUGGCAUUUUUGGUAUUUGGAGGGGUAGGGGCAAUUCUGGGGAGGACUCCUGUGGGGUGGUCUUGCGCCAGGGUUCUAGUUGGAGGCUGGAUGGCUAUGGCUAUUACUUCUGGGCUCACCAUGUUGAUUGGCUCCAGUCAUUAA